CUCGCCGGAUGAUCAGAUAGAACUUCAUCCGAGCUUCAUCAGAAGGAGCGCCUACACAGAGCAGCCAGCAUGCAGCCGGCCAUGAUGAUGUUUUCCAGUAAGUACUGGGCCAGGAGGGGGCUGUCGCUGGACUCGGCCAUGUUUGACCAGCAGCACCUGCAAGAGCAAACCACCCGCAGACCCUCCUUCUCCCGCAUCGAGGAGAAGCCCAGUGGGGUGGGUGAGCCGCAGGCUGAAGACGCGGGCAAGACCGCCGUGGUGUUCGCCCUCAAGAACGAGGUGGGCUGCCUGGUGCGGGCCCUGCGGCUCUUUCAGGAGAAGCAUGUGAACCUGGUCCACAUUGAGUCGCGCAGGUCCAAGCGCAGGCCAUCCGAGGUGGAGAUCUAUGCUGACUGCAGCUGCAGCAGGCGUGAGUUUGGGGAGCUGGUGCAGCACCUGAAGCAGCACAUCAGCAUCAUUUCUUUGGACCCCCCAGAGCAGAUCUGGCUGGAGGAGGAAGAACUGGAUGGAGUUCCGUGGUUCCCCAGGAAGAUCUCCGAGCUGGACCAGUGCUCCCACAGGGUGCUAAUGUACGGCUCGGAACUGGAUGCUGACCACCCGGGCUUUAAGGACACUGUUUACCGCCAACGGAGGAAAUAUUUUGUGGAGGUGGCCAUGAACUACAAGUUCGGACAGCCGAUUCCCCGUGUCGAAUACUCGUCUGACGAGGUGAAGACGUGGGGGGUUGUGUUUCGUGAACUGACCAAGCUCUACCCCACCCACGCCUGCCGGGAGUACCUGAAGAACCUUCCACUUCUCACAAAGCAUUGUGGGUAUCGGGAGGACAAUAUCCCCCAGUUGGAGGACGUGUCACUCUUCCUUAGAGAACGUUCCGGUUUCACCGUGCGGCCCGUGGCGGGGUACCUGUCGCCCCGGGACUUCUUGGCUGGCCUGGCGUACCGUGUCUUCAACUGCACCCAGUAUGUGCGGCACAGCAAAGACCCUCUGUACACGCCUGAACCGGACACGUGCCACGAGCUACUGGGACACGUCCCUCUGCUGGCGGAUCCCAAGUUCGCCCAGUUCUCCCAGGAGAUCGGCCUGGCCUCGCUGGGGGCGUCGGACGAGGACGUACAGAAGCUGGCCACGUGUUACUUCUUCACCAUCGAGUUUGGCCUGUGUAAGCAGGACGGACAGCUGAGAGCCUAUGGGGCGGGACUACUGUCUUCUAUUGGAGAAUUGAAGCACGCGCUUUCAGACAAGGCUGCAGUAAAGCCAUUUGACCCCAGGACCACAUGCUUUCAAGAAUGCCUCAUUACCACCUUCCAGGAUGUGUACUUUGUCUCUGAAAGCUUUGAAGAAGCCAAAGAAAAGAUGAGGGAAUUUGCCAAAACGAUUCAGCGACCCUUCUCAGUUUACUACAACCCAUACACGCAGAGUGUCGACUUGCUUAAGGAUACCAGGAGCAUAGAGAACGUGGUGAACGACCUGCGGAGUGACCUGAACACGGUCUGCGAUGCCCUGGGUAAAAUGAACAGAUACCUGGGGAUUUAGGACCCAGCUAGCUUCGGGAACGUGUACCUUAUAGCAGAUCCGAAACGUCAACGCGCUAUACCAUCAUCGCAAAAGUCACGGAAUGUGUGGAGGCGUCAAGAUGCACGAAUGGCGCGAUAGCCCCUGUUUAGCAUUUAGCGAGCCCAACUGCUCGUGAUGACUGUCUUUGCAUCACCUGUGUUCUGCGUUUCCAGUUGAUCCCAGAGUCGUCCUGUCAGGAGAGGAUCUGGGUUUGCUGUCGGCUUAAAUAUAUGCAUAUUCACCCGUGUUUUCUGGAAAAUCAGUCCCAUGAUGUUCGGUAUGAUCAUGUAUGUAAUGCUAAUUCAACAUAUAGUAUAUAUCACUUGAUAUGUAAGUAUUAAAGUGUUACAUAGAUUUGCUACACGGGUCUGUAAUAGAUUGGAAUUGCUUUGAUCUUUUCCUUUCGAAUGCUGUUUUAACUUUUCAUUUUGGCCUCAGAUUCAUGCAUUUUUCCUCAGGCAAAAUAUCAUCACUGUCCAAUGAGAAACACGUAUCUCCAAAAAUGCAUUAUUUCUGGAGUGUGAAACACAUUUUCGCAGAAACCACUUUGUAAAAAUAAACAUAAAACAACACAAUGAAACACCCUCAAGACCACAAAUAGAACCUCAUCACUACACAGCUGUCAGUGAGCAGUUUAAUGUUUUAAAUGGAUUUAUUGUUGUUAGCAAACGCAGACUUAAGUACUUUUCUCAUCAUGUGUUCCAAUGACGCAUUGUUAGUUCGAGCCUUGUCUCCUGUUCGCUAUAUUCCAAGAACUCAGCAGAUUAUUGACAGCCAGUCUAAAUGUUUGGACAUAAUCAGUGCCCUAUUGUACUGUAUAUUUGCCAUCACACAAAGCUCUUCUAAUGAGAUAGAUGGAUGACUUCAUAAAACAUCUUUUUAUUGGUCAAAUAAAUGGCAAACAUCAGUAGACAGAGGCCGAUGGGCAUAUUUAAGUAUAAAAUAUCUAUAGUAAAAAGUCACAAUCAUCAAAAAGUGGGACAUAUGCAGUUUUCAUUGUUCAGCAACAAUAUAUAACCAAAGUUUUAUAACUAUAAUGUUAGUCCAUGCGGGUGUUGAAUUACUACUAUACCACGAAAAAGAUUUCAUGAAGGUUCCCCUUAUCCAUGCGGCCUGGCUAACAGGAAGUGACAUUCCGGCUUGCCCUCACUACUUCCUGUUUGUGUGGCACAGCACCGCCCUCACUACUUCCUGUUUGUGUGGCACAGCACCGCCCUCGCUAUUUCCUGUUUGUGUGG